AUGCGUGGCAGCCGUAACCAACAGAGGCAAGAAGAUGUGCAAACUCCUUUUUUGCAAUUGAGAUUCAAGUGGUUGGUCUGGAGCCUGGUUGGUGUUCUGGAACUCCCUUUCGAAACUGGUAUGGCGAUGCGAACGAUUCCUCUAAUCGCAUCAAUUGUAUCUUAUAAAGAACAACUAUGCAUCAAGGUAUCUCAGGAUGUAAAUAAACUUUUAAUAAAUUGUCAAAAAGAUUAUGCAAUUCAGCAUGGCAGAUCAGUACGGGUGAUCGAUUCUGUCUCUGGGCAAUCUGGGAUUGGUACUGAGCUCAACGUGGACUACUGGUGUGGUCCCGUAUUAACCUUGAUUGGGGGCGGGGCAAGUGUGCCUCUUGCUAUUCUCAUGACGAUUGUAGCAGCUGUCACACCAUCAACUCAAAGAGUCUCAGUCUUCCCUUUUAUACACGGUACAGCUUUGGUAGUAGCAAUCCUGGGCUUUGGACUGAGUUCAACAACGAUGAAAUCUUUGGGGAACUAUGUCACACAAUUGGUUGGUCUCGCAUUGAUGUCUUUGGCUUUAAGCUUAAGCCUCCUCCUUCCAAAGGGAGAACCGGAGACUGAUUCUGCUUCAGAAUAUACCAAUAUCUCGGGCUCCAGAAUGCAGCCCAAUAGCAGCAGGCACGUGGUUAAUAGAUCAUUUCAUAAUCUCUUACAGAUUAGAUGUGCCACCCCGUUGUUAAUUGCUGGGAUCUUUGCUACACUCGGUCAGAAGGUUCAGAUUUUAAUCCUCCAAUACAUGCCAGAGCAGUUUAACAUCAGUUUCUCGGAAAUUUUCAAGCAUUCGAGUUUUAGAGUGUUAGUAUUAGAUUUAAUAAUUAUUACUCCAACUAUCAUUAUUAUAGCAUUAGUUAUCAAACUAUGCAAAUUCAUCAGUCCAGGAUCUCUCAGCUUCUUAUUAAACAAUAUUCUAAGUUUCAACCAAACUCUUAGUUUUCUUUUCCAAUACCGGAUACAACUAGAAGUCUCCCCCAGAGCCAUUUCACGUACUCGAGAAUUCGCACAUCGCACCCCCUCAGAGCCCAAGCCCCUCUCUCCCAUUACCCUCUCUCCCAACUAG